GAUAGAAAAAUAUGGCUGCUAGUAGUGUGUAUGUGAUGAAUUGCGGGAAGAAAUUAAGUUAAUUACUUAAAAAUGAGUUCAGAUACAGAAAAUAGCGUUUCUUUUACCACAACUCCAGGUUUCUGCCCUGAUUGUGGCUCUAUUUUACCGCUACUCGGUGAUCAAGGCGGCGUAACUUGCUAUGCGUGUCGAAGGAAUUGGGGACAAGAAGUAUUUGGAGAUAUGGCUAUGUCUUACACUAUAACAUUCAAUAGCAAAGAUACUUAUGUGUCCGCUAAAGAAGCAGACAAUGAGAAUAAAGCUGAUGGUCCUGUUGUUGAUCGAAAGUGUCCUCAGUGUAAUAAUGAUAAAAUGUCAUAUGCUACUUUACAAUUAAGAUCAGCCGAUGAAGGUCAAACAGUAUUUUACACCUGUACAAAGUGCAAUUUUAAAGAAAGUGAAAAUUCAUAGUUAUAUGAGGAUAAGGUUAUUUGUAUAAAAAUAAACGAUAAUUUAUUAAAACAUAGAGCUUUAUUUGUUUUACAUUUAACAAAUAAUUGAUGAUUAUACAAGCAGCUCUUUAAAU